UUACUUUGGGCCUUCUUGCAUACCGCUUUAUUUCCAUCUUGGAAACUGCUGUGUGCAAAGUGGGGGUUUGUUCUGUUGUUGAGGAGGAAGCGUUGCCCUAGGCCUACUCUUCUUGCCUCAGAUAGGAGGCCAGCUUCCCGUGAGGCAUUUUGCUUGCUAUCUUCCAGGCAGUUUCAGGGGCCCUAGAAUCUUCUCCUAAUCAGAGUAUGCACCCAUAGGUUAGUCAGCUAUGACCAUGCAGUAUUCCCAGCUCCCCCGCCCCCCACCGCCAUCUGCUUCCUCUGAAUAUACCAGAUUGGCUGUACACCAGGAUGUUCCGGGAAUCCCCAGGAGAGCAACAGAAUGUGAUGGACCCAAAUACGAUGCCUCAGUAACUCAUUCCAGGAUGUACAAACUGUAACUGUCAGGACACUCCUUACAGCUAAUUAAAAUUCUUCUAGUUACAUCUAUUUUCUAUUACCUCUGUCUAUUUUCAGUGACAUCCAAAAGGUCAAAAUAAUCCCUCUGGCACCACUAUUUUUUUUUUUUUUUUGUCCUGAUGGUUCCAAGAUAGGAUUUGGAAAAAAAAUAAUUAGCUUUUCUCAGUUCCUUAUCCGCGAUGCUAAAAUGGAAAACAUGGCCUCUCUAGCACUUCAUAACUCUAUCUAUGGUACUGAGGUGGCCCAAGUGGCUUCUCUGGUAGCCCACUGCACUCUCCAUGGUACUGAAGGGAUGACCAUUUGUUUUAACUUCUCUCUGGGGUGUCCAGAGAGUUCUGUGAAUUAGAGCCACAAAAGUUUCAACCUGGAAAGCACCAUCAAUAAAUAUAAAUUAGUCCACCCCUCUUAUUUUACAGAUGAAUAAGCUGGGAGGCUCAAUGAUUUACUGAAGGUUAUAGGGCUCUUAACAGGCAAACUGGGCCCACAAUAGUCUUGUACCCUCAUUCCUAUUCUGAUUCACCUCUCUGAAUACUGUGGAUCCCAGCUAGGCUCUUGGUCCCACGAAAGGGAUUUAUUAGGAGGAUCCAGAGAAUGAAGAUUGGUGAAUUAAGAGCUAUAGAAAUAUUAAGUGGUGGCGGAGGUCGUCUAGUGACCCUUGGACAAGGACACUUUGUUAAUCUCCUGUUCGUAAUACUCCCAUAGCCCAGAUUCCACAUGAAAGAGGCACCUGCCCCUUCAUGGAGUCUUACCACAUCCUCCCAAUGUCGAAAAUUAAAGAAGCUCUGAACCUCUGGAGCCUUUUCUCUCUGCUGAUAAGCAGGGCUGACUCCUGGCCCAGUUCUUUUCUAUUAAAGAUCCUUAAGCAAAGUAACGCUUGAGUCCUUUUCUUUCUCCAUAACCUAUUUCAGUUUCAUAAUGCCUAUUGUAAGGAAGUUCUUUAUAUCACAAAUAUUCUGCCUUAAGCAAAAGAAAAAAAAAAAAAAGAAAAGAAAAGGUUAGGCCUACUUUGAUCCAGCCUGACUAGAUGCAAUCCCAUAUGGAGGCCGAAAGGUAGAAUGGACAACUUUAGGUCAUCAUCAGGCCUCUUUCCAUGACUCUUAAUUCUGAGGUUGCUUCUAAGUCCUAACACUGAUCACCUCUCUAGCUGAGAAUCAGGAACCCUCUCCCCUCAUCCUCUUCCUCUCAGUGCUCUUCUUCCCCAGCACUGGAGCGCUGCACAUCCCAGGCCUAGGGAAUUUUAGCCUGGAGAAUUUUAACCCUUUCCUGCUCAGAGCAUGUGCUGAGCCCCUAUCUGUGCAGAUGGCCCAGCCCCGCCCCCCGUCCCUCACUCCAGCCUCUUGAGCUCAGAGCCAGUGUAAUCCUCCUCUUGUGUGAGGGAGCCUCUCCCCUGCAGAGAGGAGGAAAGCCUGCUUCGGAACAGCCCUGGACAAAGGGGCUGAGAUGCCCCAUCAAACCACAGGCUCCAAGGUUUGAAACAAGGGGAUGAAUUCUGUAUAGUAUUUGCAGUUUUUAACCUCUUCCCCAGGCUGGCAGUGCCCCUUAACUUCCACUCCUCCCCCAACUCUCUCUCCAUUCCCUCUUGCUCUGGCUCUCUCCCCCUUCAUGCCCCUCCCCCUCUGUCUGUCUCCAGACUCUGCUGCUGGGAGGUGUUUCUCUCCCAUGCAUGAAUGAGUCUCUGUAAUGAAUGGAAAUGAAUGGAUCAGGAAUCCAGGCGGAGGGAGAAUGAGGGGGGAAGACAGAAAGACGGGUGAGAACAGAAGGAAGGACUGUGGAACCUGGAAGGAUGUUUGGCUGCCUGGUCAGUUAGAGGUCUGUGAGAGCAGCUUAUCCCACUUGGAUAACCGGGGAGCGUGGCAAGCUCACCCUAUUUGCUGGUCAAAUUGCACAGCCUAACCCAAAUUGGAGAGGGGUAUAGUGUGAUAGUCCCUCCCCACCUCAGGGAAUGGGGUGGUGGUGCUGGUAGUUCUGGACCAGACAUUUAAACAUAAUUUUGGAAAAGCAAAUGGGUUAUCAGGAAGCCUGGUAAAUCAAGGGGUAUAGUUUUGGAGGACAGGAGCCCCCUCAUGCCUUAGGAUGCAAGUAGAAAGGAUAGGUUUCUCAACUCCAGGGUGCUGAGAAUCUGGGGCAGGGGGUGACUCUCCACUGUCGAAAAUCGGGGUUCCAAUUUCCUCCAAAUUUGUUCUCUUGCUUUAGCUCCUCAGCACCUGUUGCCUUCAUUAGCAGCUUUUCCUCCUCUUCCCUGCACUCCCCAGAACCAAAGAAUGUGAAGGGGGUCCAUGGAGGUGAGUGAAGCGCUGGCCUCAACCUGCAAAUACAACUGCACUCCCUCCCCUGCCUACUUCUCUCUCCUUGACCUCCCAUUAUUAGAAGUUACAUCCUUGGCCCCAACAUCUCAGUUCCCAUCCAUCCCUCAACUUCCCCAGGGCUCACGUCCGCGCGCUCCAGGUGGCCAUUUAGCGCCAUCGCCACCAGCCUUCGACGGCGAGCUGGAUCUGCAGCGCUACUCCAACGGGCCCGGCGUGAGCGCGGGGUCGCCCGGAAUGGGAGCAGUGGGCUGGUCUGAGAGUCGUGCAGGCGAACGGCGUUUCCCCUGUCCUGUAUGCGGGAAGCGUUUUCGCUUCAACUCCAUCCUGGCUUUGCACCUGCGGGCGCACCCAGGCGCCCAGGCCUUCCAGUGCCCGCACUGCGGGCACCGCGCCGCGCAGCGGGCUCUUCUGCGCUCGCACCUGCGCACGCACCAACCCGAGCGCCCACGUAGCCCUGCGGCGCGCCUGUUGAUGGAGUUGGAAGAACGCGCGCUACUGCGUGAGGCCCGACUAGGAAGAGCCCGAAGUUCAGGGGCCAUGCAAGCCACCCCUGCCACUGAGGGCCUGGUGCGGCCCCAGGCUCCUUCGUCGUCCGCCUUCCGUUGCCCCUUCUGUAAAGGCAAAUUUCGCACCUCGGCCGAACGCGAACGUCACCUGCACAUCCUGCACAGGCCUUGGAAAUGUGGCCUGUGCAGUUUCGGUUCCAGCCAGGAGGAGGAGCUGCUGCACCACAGCCUGACGGCCCAUGGGGCUCCUGAGCGCCCCCUGGCGGCCACCUCCGCUGCGCCUCAGCCUCAGCCUCAGCCUCAGCUUCAACCUCAGCCUCAGCCUCAGCCUCAGCCUCCACCCCCCCCUGAACCCAGAUCGGUCCCCGAGCCGGAGCCAGAGCCGGAGCCUGAACGUGAGGCAACCCCGGCCCCUACUGCCGCUCCCGAGGAGCCCCCCGCACCUCCGGAGUUCCGCUGCCAAGUGUGUGGCCAGAGUUUUACGCAGUCCUGGUUUCUCAAGGGCCACAUGCGCAAGCACAAGGCCUCCUUCGAUCAUGCCUGUCCCGUGUGUGGCCGCUGCUUUAAGGAGCCCUGGUUCCUUAAGAACCACAUGAAGGUGCACGCCAGCAAGCUGGGCCCACUGCGUGCCCCGGGGCCGGGCUCUGGCCCUGCCCGGGCCCCCCAGCCCCCUGACCUGGGCCUGCUGGCCUAUGAGCCACUGGGCCCGGCGCUCCUUUUGGCCCCGGCUCCUACCCCAGCCGAGCGCCGUGAGCCCCCGAGCCUCUUGGGCUACCUGAGUCUGCGAGCUGGCGAAGCCCGGCCCAACGGCGAGGGUGCUGAGCCUGGGGCUGGCCGCAGCUUCGGAGGCUUCCGCCCGCUGCCCGCUGCUCUCCCUGCCCGGGCUCGCAGGCACCGCGCGGAGGAGCCAGAGGAGGAAGAGGAGGUGGUGGAGGCUGAGGAGGAGACCUGGGCCCGGGGCAGGUCGCUGGGUCCUGUGGUCUCCUUGCAUUCCCGCCCAGGCGAGGGGCCAGGGCAGUCUGCACCUGCUGCGAGGGCCCAGGCCAGAUCGGCCGCCACGCAGGAAGAGAACGGGCUGCUGGUUGGAGGGACCCGGCCCGAAGGGGGCAGGGGGGCCACCGGCAAGGAUUGUCCCUUCUGCGGAAAGUCUUUCCGCUCAGCGCAUCACCUCAAAGUGCAUCUUCGGGUGCACACAGGUGAGCGGCCCUACAAGUGUCCACACUGUGACUACGCUGGCACCCAGUCUGGCUCGCUCAAGUAUCACCUACAGCGUCACCACCGAGAGCAGAGGAGUGGGGCAGGCCCGGGGCCACCCCCAGAGCCGCCACCCCCUUCCCAGCGGGGUUCGGCCCAGCAGUCUGGAGCCAAGCCGGCUCCGCAGCCUGCGACCUGGGUGGAGGGUGCUGCAAGUCCUCGGGCUCCUUCGAGCAGUGCCGGGCCCGGGUCCCGUCGGAAGCCCGCCAGCCCUGGGAGGACCCUGCGCAAUGGGCGAGGUGGUGAGGCCGAACCCCUGGACCUGUCCCUGCGGGCGGGGCCGGGAGGCGAGGCCGGGCCAGGGGGGGCCCCCCACCGCUGCCUCUUCUGCCCUUUCGCCACUGGAGCCCCCGAGCUCAUGGCCUUGCACCUGCAAGUGCACCACAGCCGCCGGGCUCGGGGCCGCCGGCAGCCCCAGGCUGACGCAUCCCCCCCUUAUGCCCGAGCACCAUCAGGAGAGACCCCUCCCAGUCCUUCGCAAGAAGGGGAAGAGAGCUCUGGGCUGGCGAGAUCUGGAGAGGCAGGGCUUGGGGGGCAAGAACGGUAGGGAGCCCUCCUAGGGGCAAUUAGCUUAGUGAGCUUACCCCGCAGGAGCAGGGGAGCGCUAGAGGUAGUUGGGUAGAGCAGCCAGCAGGGGGCAACGUGGGACCCAUAUCCCAGCCCCAGGCGGACCAGAGGUGGUGGUGGUGGGGGC